AUGACAGGGUCUGUUGUCUAUUUCCUCUACUCCACCCUAUGCUCCAGGGGUUCCUCUACCCACAGCUCACAGUGUCCACAAAGCUACCAUGACCCUCCUUCCAUUGGUUCCAGGACUCUAUCCUCUCCCCGCACAAUGGCAUGCUCACGGACCUGCUCCCGCAUCCUGGGGCUGAGCCUUGGGACUACAGCCCUGUUUGCUGCUGCAGCCAACACAGUGCUCCUCUUUCCUAACUGGGAUGUGACCUACCUGUUGAGGGGCCUCAUUGGCAGGCAUGCCAUGCUGGGCUCUGGGCUCUGGGGAGGAGGCCUCAUGGUCUUCACUGCAGCUACCCUCAUCUCCUUGAUGGGCUGGAGAUAUGGCUGCUUCAGUAAGAGUGGGCCCUGCCGAAGCAUGCUUACUGUUCUGUUGUCAAGUGGCCUGGCUUUGCUUGGAGCCUUGAUUUGCUUUAUCACUUCUGGAGUAGCUCUGAAAGAUGGUCCCUUUUGCAUGUUUGAUGUCUCAUCCUUCAAUCAGACACAGGCUUGGAAAUAUGGUUACCCAUUCAAGGACCUGCAUACCAGGAAUUAUCUCUAUGACCAUUCACUCUGGAACUCUGUCUGCCUGGAGCCUUUUAAAGCUGUUGUUUGGCACGUGUGCUUCUUCUCCGCCCUUCUGUGCAUCAGCCUCCUCCAGAUUCUCCUGGUGGUCAUUCAUUUCAUCAGCAGCUUCCUGGGCCUUUUCUGCAGCCUGUGUGGGAAGUGACAGCCUCAUGAAAUUGACCACACGUUACAGAUGAAGUCAAGGCUCCCAGAGAAUACUGGACUUGCUGUCUAAAAGCACUCAACUAGGUUCAGGUAAAGUCAGUACCUGAGCAGCUACCUGCUAAAUUCAAGUUCACUAGUCUUUAUGGACUGAACUGUGUGCCCUCCAGAUUCAUAGGUUGGACUCCAAUCCCCAAUGUGACUUUGGAGAUAGGACCUUUAAGGAGCUAAUUAAGGUUAAGUGGAGUCAUAAGUGUGGGACCCUAAUCUGGUAAGACUGGCAUCCUUAUAAGAAGAGGUUGAGAAAACAAGUACAGGAAAAGAUGCUCAGCAUCACUAAUCAUCAGGGAAAUGCAAAUCAAAACCACAGUAAGCUAUCAUCUUAUACCUGUUAGAAUGGCUAUUAUCAAAAAGGCAAGAAAUAACAGGCAAGAAUGCUGGUGAGGAUGUGGAGAUAAUGAAACCCUUGUGCACUGUUGGUGGGAAUAUAAAUUGGUGGAACCACUGUGGUAAACAAAUGGAGGUUCCUCAAAAAAUUAAAAAAGAAUACCAUAUGAUCCAGCAAUUCCACUUCUGGGUAUUUAGCUGAACAAAACAAAAACACUAAUUCUAAAAGGUAUCUGUACCCUCACAUUCAGCGCAGCAUUAUUUUCAAUAGCUAAGCUAUGGAAACAACCUAAGCAUCCAUCAAUGGAUGAAUGGAUAAAGAAGAUGUGGUAUACACACAGACACACACACACACACACAACAUGGAUGGACCUUGAGGGUGUUAUACUAGGUGAAAUGAGUCAGGCAGAGAAAGAAAUAUCGUAUGAUCUCGCUUAUAUGUGGAAUUUAAAACAACAAGACUAAGUUCAUAGAUACAGUGAAGACUGCUGGUUGCCAGAGGCAGGGGGUGGGGGGGUGAGAGAAAUGGGUGAAGGGGGUCAAAAGGCACAAACUUCCAGUUAUAAAAUAGUUAAUUCCUGGGGAUGUAAUGUACAAAUGGUGACUAUAGUUAAUAAUAUUGUAUUGUACAUUUGAAAGUUGCUAAGAGAUCUUAAAAGUCCUUAUCACAAGAAAAAGAUAUUUUGUAACUAUAUAUAGUGACAGAUGUUAUUGUGGUAAUCAUUUUGCAAUAGAUACAAAUAUUGAAUCAUUAUGUUGUACACCUGAAACUAAUAUAAUGUUAUAUGUCAG